GCCUUUGUUUGGUGUGAGCAACUCUAGUCCCUAGAAAUCCAACAACCCUUCGAAUUUUUAAACACUUUGUUCCUUCACCUGCGUCCACUACUUGCAUGUCCGACAAAACGCAGCAUCCCAAUGGAUGAACUCGGGAUAUUUGCUCAAUUUCCCUCCCGAAUUUUGUUAUGAACAUUCCGACAUGUCUUGUGGGUAGUUUUUGUUUGUUAACUCUUGCAGAAUGCAUGACAAAUAUGACUUUAAAGCGCACCGUCGAAGACGAUUAUUACAUGAAUUAUGACUACGAAAUUUCGAACGACUCGUUCAAUUCCGAGCUGAAAGUUGAUUCCUUUCUGUUGCCAAAUCCCGAAAAUAUUGACUCAAAAUAUGCAGUUGACGUGCUCCCCAAUGUUGAACUCCCCGAUGAUUCGCUCUCAGACACCGACUUGAAAGACCACGAUUUCAUCGAUAAUUUAAUGUACGUUUAUUACGGCUCUCAUAAUAAGAACGGACACAGUUAUGGGCCUGAGGUGAUAAUUGUUGGCUCAGUGCUCAGCUGCGCUGCUCAGCUACUGACGAUUUUUUUCGUUCUACUCAAGAAGAAUUUGAAUGGGAAAAAGGAGAUGAAAAAUUUGUUCUUGCACAUGAUGGGCUCGUUCUGUUUCUCCAAUUUGCUCUUCAUGUUAGGUGUCUAUGCGAUAAAAAAUUCGGUUAAGUGUUUGAUGGUAGCCUUCCUCUUGCACUACUUGCAUUUACUUACAGCGUUUUGGAUGUUCUUGUAUUGUUAUUAUAUCUACAAGCGAUUCUCUAGUAGUGGUGUCCCGAAAAAUAAAUAUUUUUUCUCGGUGGGUUAUGGGGUUCCACUCGUUUUUAGUCUUCUUUCAUAUGUGGUGUCGCCGUACAGUUUCGAAACGAAGCGAUUUUGCUUCAUGUCAGUACAAAAAGGAAUGAUAAUAAACUAUAUGCUUCCAAUAUCUCUACUAAUCGUUAUAACAACGAUCUACUCGCUCAAUGGUAUAAGAAAAAUAAAUAUAGAAUUGUCCAAAUUAGAGUUUAGUAGUUCAGUCGAGUCAUUAAACGCUUUAAAGAACGAACUGGACGUUGUAAUGAACGACAAGAAACAGGAAUGUGCAGACGAAGAAGUCGUCAGUUUAAGGGAAUCGAAGACUUGCUUGAAACUGAUGUGUGUGGUGCAAACUGGAUACGAUAUAGUGUGGUUCAUUGUAGUUCUGGCUCUUGAGAGCAACAGUGAAAAUAACAGUAUGUCGAUUGUAUAUUCGGUUACUUCGUGUUUACUGAACUGGUACAUCUUCAUUAAAGCUAAAUCUUUUCUUCCAAAUAUUAUGCACGUUUCUCGUUCAAUUGACAAUGUUCUUCUACACCAGGAGCAGCAAGCGACAAAUGCACAUAAGGAGAAUUCGUCGUUGUCGAGGAGAGGGUCUUCCGACAGUGUUCCUCUUUUGGUAAAUUCGGAAAAUUGUACCGAAAUGAGAGAACUGCGCCUUGAAUACAUUAGUACUAUAAGCAACUAAAGCGCUGCAAUAUUAUUCGAACGUAGACAUUGUAUACUCACUAGUCAGAAUAAUGUUUAUUUUUUCUUUUCAGAGUAAAUUGUUGAAAAGUUACUCUUUGGACCAGUUUGUCGUUUUUGUGGUCUGAGGGAUGGUUCUUUAUUCUAACGUAAUUUUAAGACAUCGGCCUAUAUCAGUAUUAGAAGUUCUUACUUCUUACCUCUAUUUCUACUGUAAACAAUGUUCUAAAAAAGCACAAGUUGUCCGUGUAAGCAACCAAAAAUAAAUGUUGUUUAUCUAAA